AAAAGAUCUGGAUUGAAUCUGCCAUGGAAAGUGAAGUGUCGCAAGUCGCUGCACUCGACAGGGAAGCCACCACCAACCCCCUCCCUUCCAUCAUGCAUUGAGCGACAGCGAUGACCUGAGCUCAGACAUUGUCCUUGGCGACCGAGUAUUAUCAGUCGUAAAUGUGUCACUACUCCCCGAACUCCACUUUGUAUGACCGGAUCUUCAUGCUCUACGACAUCUCGUCUCCUAUCUUUCCGCCUAGAGUUGCAACCCUACAGUCUGCCACAAACAAGCUUUCAUCGAAGAACAACACCCCGAUCUUGACGACACCCAUCCAGACGAUCGCGAACGACGAAUCAUCUGGGCGAAAAUGACAGGUCACAGUGCGCCUGAAGCUGAGAAACAUCCCGCCGCCGUCGAGCUCCCCGCCGAGUCUGAAACACCACCACAGAAGGCGGCUUCCCCUGAUCUCCAACCAGGGGAGUACAACCCCUUUGUGGGCGCGAAGCCCUCCUCACCCUUUUAUCGCCAUGCCACCCCAUCAGUGACCAUCGAUCGCCUGAAGGCGGAAAGCGAGAAACCCAAGCCCACCAGCACCCAGCGAUAUAUUUCCCCGGUCAUCCCCGAGAGCCCGCCCAUGUUCAACGUAUCUGCUUUGGAGUCAGGCAGCCGUCAUGAGUCGUCGUCCAAUCUGUGGGGCCAGCCCCAGCGACGCUGUGGCUGCAUGAGCCGGCUCAGCAGGAAGCAGCGUAUGAUGGCCAAGGGAGUCAUUGCCGUGGUCGUACUAGGAACCAUGAUUGCGAUCGCGGUCGGAAUCACGGUCGCUGUUGGAGGAGCCGUGUGGAGGUCGGAUCACCGACAAGAGCUCAUCGGCUAAGAUACCAGGCAGGAGUCUCGGAUCUGUCCCCUCCGUCGAUACUUCGAUGCUGCAAUGUUUGGAUCGUACCUCAAAAGCAA